AGAGUAGUUUCAUUUGUUUAUACUCGAAAAGUGGUUGUCGCGGCUGUCGGUAAAUCAUUUGUAUGCACAACAGCUCUGCCUAUUGGGCGCUUCGCGAAAGUGAAAGUUAAAGAACAAGUUGCAAAAAACUAUGUGAUAACAUUUUACCUUUUUUUUUUGCAAUUACAAAUAAGUGAACAUCGAGUUAGAAAUAUUUAUUGGAUUUAUCUGGCGUCGAUUGGACGCCGGACACCAUGUGACGUAGGCAGAGUUAAAUUAAAUGGCGAUACAAAAUCAUAAAUUAAAAGAAAAACAAAUAAAUACUCGAAUGGAAUUUUAGUGGACUAUUAAAAUGGUUUUAAUCCAACGGUACUUGAACUAUUUCUGUUGAUAAACCUGGGACGAGCAGUUCGAGAACGGCCAUCAGACUGGAGGCCUCACUCACGCUGAAGCGCAUUUUUGCACGCAAAAUUGCCUAUAAAACGAAUUCGAAAUUGAAUUCGAGUUCGAAAUCUAAAUCGAAAUCGACUCUAGCGGCCAUGCGAACUAAACAUUUGAUAUUGAUAUUAAUCGGUGUGAUAAUCGCAACGCUCGUAUUCAUUGUCUUUGGACCCGCUGGCGAACCGAACGAUUCAUUCAAGCACAUUGUGGUGCAGACCCAUCAACAGCUCAAAGAGUUUCAGGAAAAUCUGCGCGUUGGGCUGGAACGCAAAAAGCUCGAGCUCGAUCCAAAAUAUUUGCUGCUCUUGGGCUUCACAUCGCCAUUGAGCACAAAAGAUGAUGCGUCACAGCAGCCGGCAGCACAGCCAAAGCAGGUGCAAACAGAUGUACCCGUUACGCCGAAGCGGGAGCUGCAGCUGCAGCAGCAGCAGCAGCAGCAGCAGCAACAGCAACAACAGCUGAUAACAAGCCAUGGGCAGGCGGCCGAGCAGGAGCUGCUACUGCUGCAGGUGGAGCAGAAGAGUCAACGUAAACGGAUUACGACGCCGUACAACAAUACCAAGUCAAACUUUACCAUAGUCACCUAUGUGCAGGAGGGGCAGGUGUCGUCGGUGAUACUGUUAGCUCAGAAUAUCGCAGCCAAGCUGCCAAAUGAGCCGUUGCUCAUCUACGAUCUGGGCGUAUCCGAGGAGCAGCUGCGUUUCCUCAAUGCCUGCUGCAAUAGCAGUCGCUGCACCGUCAUCACCUAUGAUCUAUCGGAGUUCCCGUCGUUUGUCAACGAUCAGCGAACUCACGCAUAUCGUCCAAUUGUGAUAAAGGAUGCUUUGAUGAGAUCGAAAUCGAUUUUAUUUGUCGAGAACUAUGUGCGGAUUCGUGGCAGCCAUCGCGACUUGCAGCACUUGCAGAAUCGUGCGUUGGUCGCCGGCGUCUUGGGUUGGAACACCCCAACGGCCGUCUCCUCACGCACCCAUCCAAAGAUGUUCGACUACUUCGAAUCGGACGCUGAGAACUUCAUAUUCCUUCGCAUGGUUGAUCUCGAUGUUGUCUUCUUUGCGGAUACCCUGUUCGUGACCGAGAAGAUUAUGUUGCCUUGGUUGAAAUGUGCUUUGACCAUGGAGUGCAUCGAUCCAAUUGGUGCUCAAUCGAAUGGCUGCAAAUUCAACAAAAAACCCCUUUAUCGCUAUUCGGGCUGCCAUGGCUAUGAUGCAUCCGCUUUCAAUAUAGUGCUCGGUUUAACCUGGCAUUUGGACGAUACGAAAUAUUCAUUAGCCAGCGACGGCACCAAAGACAAUAUGUUCUAUAAGGAGACACUGGAGCAGGCGACCAAAAUACUGGAGAGUCGCCGGCGUAAUAGCAGCGAUACAUCCGAUCAUCCAUUCACGGAGGACUGA